ACGUCAUUCACGAGCAUGUCACCUUGCCACAUUACCUUUGAAGUAAAAGGAAUACCGCCACCAGGAGAAGUUUUGGCAAUAUGUGGCAGUUGCAGUUCUCUGGGGAGUUGGGAUCCCCAAUCUGCAGUAAUCCUACAGCCGGAGGAGGAGGCUGGUGAUGUUCUGCUAUGGAGAACUACAGUUCAACUUCCUAGAGGAGACGAUAUUGAAUAUCGAUACUUUCAAGGGACCUUUUUAGAACCGCUGAAAACCGGUGGUCCAUGCCAAGUCAUAAUUCACAAGUGGGAGACUCAUCUACCACCACGAUCAAUAACCCCAUUAGAGGAUAUUUCCGUUGAUGACGGGAACUUCGGAAUUGUUGAUGAAGUGGAAAGUGUCGAUUCCGGUUGGCUGACAUGUCAGACAGAAAUAAGACUACGUCUGCAUUUUUCUGAAAAGCCUCCUGUAUCUAUAACUAAGAGAAAAUUUAAAAAAUCCAGGUUUAGGGUGAAGCUCACCCUUGAAGGCUUGGAGGAGGAGGGUGAAGAUGAAGAGGAUGAUAGACUGUCACCUACAAUUCAAGAAAAAAUGCCAAACACGCUGGAGAUCUCACUAAUAAGUGACACUGAGUUCAAAUCUCGUCAUUCUCAGCCAGAAUGUGGUUAUGGUCUGCAGCCUGAUAGAUGGACAGAAUAUACUAUUCAGACCAUGGAACCGGACAAUUUGGAAUUAAUCUUUGACUUUUUUGAGGAAGACCUUAGUGAAGCAGUGAUUCAAGGAGACGCACUUCCAGGGCACGUGGGCUCUGCGUGUCUGUUAUCCUCCACUCUUGCAGAAUCGGGAAAGAGCUGUGGCAUUCUCACUCUUCCUAUUAUGAGCAGACUUUCACGAAAAACAAUUGGAAAAGUUAGAGUCGACUACAUAAUUAUUAAGCCAAUUCAAGGGUACUCCUGUGAUGUCAAAGCCUCAUAUGCCAAAUACUGGCGUGACAGAACGGGGUUAGAUGUUGGACACAGGGGCGCAGGAAACUCUACAACCACCACCAAGCUUGCUAAACUUCGAGAAAAUACCAUUGCUUCUUUGAAAAAUGCUGCUAGACAUGGAGCAGCCUUUGUGGAAUUUGAUGUACACCUUUCCAAGGAUCUCAUCCCUAUCAUAUAUCAUGAUCUUACUUGCUGUAUUGCUAUGAAAAAGAAAGAUGAAUCUGAGCCAGUGGAACUGUUCGAGAUUCCCGUAAAAGAGCUCACAUACGCCCAACUGCAGUUAUUAAAGCUGUUACACGUGACUGCAUUGAAAUCCAAAGAUAGCGAAGAAUCAUUUAAAGAAGACAAAAAUGCUCCUUCUGACACGCAGCCAUUCCCCUCCUUACAAAGUGUACUAGAAACCAUUCCUGAAGAAGUUGGCUUUAAUAUAGAAAUUAAAUGGAUCUGCCAGCAAAGGGAUGGUUUAUGGGAUGGCAAUCUUUCAACCUACUUUGACAUGAACCUCUAUCUAGACAUACUUUUGAAAACUGUUCUGCUCAAGGCUGGCCAAAGGAGGAUUAUAUUUUCUUCAUUUGAUGCCGAUAUAUGUACAAUGGUCAGACACAAACAAAAUAAAUAUCCCAUAUUGUUUCUAACUCAAGGAAAAUGUGAUACUUACCCAGAACUUAUGGAUCUCAGGAGCCGCACAACGUCUAUUGCCACGAGUUUUGCGCAGUUUGAAAAUCUGCUGGGGAUUAAUGCCCACACAGAGGAGUUGCUGCUCAAUCCAUCUUACGUUGCCGAAGCGAGGUCUAAAGGCUUAGUUGUCUUCUGCUGGGGCGACAAAACAAACGAGCUAGAGAACAGGAAGAAGUUGAGGGACUAUGGAGUUCAUGGUCUGGUAUAUGACAGGAUUUACGACUGGAUGCCUGAACAACCAAAUAUAUUCCAGACCGAGCAGCUAGAGCGGUUGAAGCAGGAGGUACCAGAGCUCAAAAGUUGCCUCUGUCCCACCGUGAGCCACUUUAGUUCUGUAGGUCUAUGUAAGUGUAGUAAUAGCAGCAUAAAAGCGAGGAUGUCGGAAAGUUCAAGCAGUUUUUAGCAAACUCCGUGCACAGAGGAACGCUGUUUGGUAUGUUCACCCAAUUCUUUCCACUGGACAAAGCUAGCAGUGCUUCACUGUUCUUGCAUCCAAACGAAGCAAUAACACAUGGUCCACUGUAGAAUAUGAAAAGCCGUUGCUCGAUUGUCGAAAGCCAUUGCUAGAAUGCUUGGUCAGUGUAAUUAUUAUUGGUUUACUCUACUCCUGUGUUUUGAACUGACCAGUUUAAUGUGGGAUCUGUGUACUGUAACAUACGCACCUGGUUUCUGAGCAAUCUGAAAUGCAAUAGUUGCCUAAGUUGCUAGGGUCUCAACUGCCAAAUAUCAUUGUUCAAUUGAUUUGGACUCCAAUACUGGUGGAGAAGACUGUACUGUAUCAGAUAAUAUUUGGCCUGGGGGGGAAAGGUACCUCAGGUGCGUGCAUUUGCACCGAUGCAUGCAUCUAUUCAGACAGGUGUGCCAUCACAUUGCAAAACUGCAAUUGUAGCUUCAUUCCCCACUCCACCCCCACCCCCACCCCCGUUGCCUUCAGGUUGCUGCUAUCUUGUCUUUUUAUUUUUUGCCAGAUACAAUGAUGAAUGGCAUAGCCUCUGCCUAGCAGCCUUCAGGUGAAUGGUACCCCUCCUUCACUGUUUUUGUAUCUAAAUUUUGCUGGCGCACAGAAUGUUGUCAAUCACUAUAAGCCAAAUUGCCAGUGUCUGACUAUAGGUUUAAAAUAUAUAUAUAGAUAUAUAUAUAUCAUUGUACUCAAAUGUUAAAGGCACAGAUGCACAAUACAAAAGCCAGUAAGUACUGCACAUGAAGCUCUAGGUGUUUGCAGCAGUCCUUGCACUCUUGUGGUGCUAUGUGGUGCAAGGGUAGUAAGGGCUGAAUAAAAAUGCUUAAAUCUUUGCUCUUGCAAAACCACAAUCCCUUUAUAUGUAGAUAGCUAAAUGAGGUUUUUAUCAUCUUUUUUUUCUGGCCACUAGCAGAUGUGUUAAAAAGAAAAGAAAGAAUGUUAGAUUUGAUUUUCAGAGUGUAAUAGGGUUGUAGUCUUUAACCUCUGGCUAAUGUACUGUGUAUAACUUAUUCGGAAAUUAUGAUAUAGAGUAUUUCGUCAAGUAUGUAUGUAUGUUUGCAUGUACUUAAAACCCAUACCUCUCUACAAUACCAGGUAAUUGAAGCUCAAGUAUCUGUAACUUUUUACUGAAGUGUUCAAGUGCAUAAUGAAAAUGGGGGGAUCCUUCUAUGGCAAAUCAACAAUUGAAAAUAGCUUGUAUAAUACGAAUCUUGUCACUGCUGUACAAAGCUGACUAUAUAAAAGUUCAAUAAAUGCAAAUAUAUGUACGUGGUUUUUGGUCUGUACUACUGAGUUGUUUGGUGGGCGUAGUUUGUCUUGAUUGCUUUGUAUUGAAAUUGCUUUUGUUGAAGAGCAGCAUUCAGGUCUCUGGGAAUGAUCUUAUUUUAAAAAUAAAAUGCAUUUUAUAUCUAAAUAUAA